ACUAUUCUACAUGAAGCAUAAUUAAAAAGUCUAUAAAAUGACUCUCUUGCAAUUUUAGCAGAAAUACUUAAAAUUCUCUCUCUUUUUUUUUGCUUUUUAUUAUGACAGGCAUACCAAAUAUUAAAAAACUAGAUCAAGCUGUUGUCAAUAGAAUAGCAGCAGGAGAAGUCAUUCAACGACCUGCCAACGCUUUAAAAGAACUGAUUGAGAAUUCCCUCGAUGCUGGAGCAACACAGAUCCAGAUCUUGAUCAAAGACGGCGGUUUAAAGCUACUACAAAUUCAAGAUAAUGGUCAUGGUAUUCGCAAAGAAGAUAUGGCUAUUGUUUGUGAACGCUUUACUACAAGCAAAUUAAGCAAAUUUGAAGAUUUGUCUGGCAUUUCCACUCAUGGAUUUCGAGGAGAGGCACUUGCCAGUAUAUCGCAUGUGGCUCACGUUACCAUCACCACCAAGACAGCCAAUUCACCUUGUGCUUAUCGAGCAUUGUACUCAGACGGUGCAUUAAUUCCAGCCCGACCAGGCUCAAGUGCGGAGCCAAAAGCAUGUGCUGGCAACAAUGGUACACAGAUCACAGCUGAAGAUUUGUUCUUUAAUGUACCUACCAGAAGAAAAGCCUUGAAAUCACCGAGCGAUGAGUACAACCGCAUCUUGGAUAUCGUGGGUCGAUAUGCUGUGCAUAAUGCGGGGGUUAGUUUUACCUGUCGAAAGCAAGGCGCUACCAUGGCUGACAUUCAAACUUCGACAGGUGCCAGUGUGGUAGAUAAUAUUCGGCAGAUACAUGGAUCUGUCGCUUCUGAACUACUGCCUGUGGAAAAGACGUUUGAUACACUUGAAUUCAAGCUGAAUGGACAAAUCUCGAAUGCAAACUAUAGUAUGAAGCGUAUGACACUCUUAUUGUUUAUUAAUCGCAAGUAUAGAGCAGUCGAAAGUUCCUCUAUCAAAAGGGCCAUUGAAAGUGUCUAUGGCUUAUUGUUGCCUAAAGGAAGCCAUCCAUUUGUUUACCUAAGUCUCGAGAUUGAUCCAAAGAAUGUCGAUGUCAAUAUUCAUCCAACCAAAAAGGAAGUUCAUUUCUUGCAUGAAGACCGUAUUGUUCAAGCUAUCAGUGAUUUGUUUCAAGAAGUGCUUGAGAAUGCAAACAAUUCAAGAACAUUUUAUACACAAGCAUUAUUGCCUGGUGCAUCUGAUCCAGCCACAAAAAAGACAACAACAGAAGAGGAGACAGUGCCCAGUAGUAAUACGAGUAUCCCAGAAUAUAAAUAUGUUAGAACAGAUAGCAGAGUUACCACCUUGGAUGCCUUUAUACAUAAACCUACUCCAAUGCAAAAAGACACUAUGGAAAUCGAUGCUGAACCAAUCAUCAACACUAUAGAUAAACCUAGGGUAAAAGUACGGCUCACAAGUGUAUUACAAUUACGAAAACAGAUAAAGAAAGCAGAGAAUCAAGAUUUGACCAAUGUCUUUUCAAAUCAUACGUUUAUAGGAUGUGUGGACGAUGUACUGGCUUUAAUACAAUAUGAACAGAAUAUAUAUAUCAUUAAUUACAACGUAGCAAGUGAAGAACUGAUGUACCAAAUUAUUUUAAAUGAAUUUUGUAAUAUGGGACAAUUAAAGUUUUCAGAGCCAAUAUCAAUUCGGGAUUGCCUCAAAAUCGCUAUAGAACACGAAAUAGAAAACAACACGCUUCCUACCAAUGUCAAACCACCUCAAGAAAUGAUAGAGUUAAUUACAGCCACUCUUAUUUCUCGAGCUGAGAUGUUAAAGGAAUACUUUUCAGUUGACAUAUCUAAGGAUGGUUAUCUGAUUGGAUUACCUAUGGUCAUACGAGAUUAUGUGCCUUCUAUGGAGAAGCUGCCCUUAUUUCUGCUUCGACUAGGAACAGAAGUGGACUGGGAAAACGAAAAAGAAUGUUUUCAUACUUUCUCUCAAGAAUUGGCUAUUUUUUACAGUGCUGAACCACCCACAGAAGACAAGGAAGGUUAUUUAUGGAAAGUACAGCACUUGAUCUUUCCAUGCUUCAAGACUUAUUUUUCUGCUCCCACGAGUCUAAAAGAGUAUGUGACACAAUUAGCUAAUUUGACUGAUUUGUACAAGAUUUUUGAAAGAUGCUAA